AUGAGUGCAGUUGGCUUAAAAUUAAAUGGAGUUAGUUUAAAGACGAGUCUAGUGGGUUUAAAGAUGGGGUAUCGAGUUCUAGUGAGAUUCUUCCGGAAGAAAGAGGGACUGAUGGAUGAAAAGGAGGUAAGAGAAGUCCUAAGGAUGUUAUUUAGAUGUUCAACUGGGGUAAGUAUGGGUAGAGUGGGUAGUAGUAGAGUUAGUAGUAGUAUGGGUAGUAGUAGUAGAGUAAGUAGUAGAGUAAGUAGUGAAGAGGUGGUUGGUGGAUUAGGAGUUGGAAGUGAUCAAUUAAGUACGGGGGAAGUAUUGGGUUAUGUGGGUGGUAGUACUGAUACAAUCACUGGAGAUUCUCUUGCUUUGUUGCCUGGUCUGGGUAGUACUACGAGUGGUUCAGGGACAGUUGGUGGGUCUAGUGCUAAAGAGAUUGUUAAAUUAAGUGAUAAUAAUUUGUUAUCUCAAAGUAGUAACUUAGAUAAGAGUUUAGAUAAGCAAAAUAACAAUUUAGAUAAGAGUUUAUCUAACAAUUUAGAUAGGAGUUUAUCUAAUAACUUAAGUGGUAACUUAUCUAAUCAAAACAACAAUCUAAGUGGUAACUUAUCUAAUCAAAGUAACAACUUAAGUGGUAACUUAUCUAACGACUUAUCUAACAAUCUAAGUGGUAGCUUAUCUAAUCAAAGUAACACUUUAGAUAAGCAAAGUAAUACUUUAGAUAAGCAAAGUAGUAACUUAUUUAAUGGUUUAAUUAGUCCUUUAGCUGGAACUGCUAGUCGUAGUAAUGGGCCGGGUGUGAAAGAAGAACAGAGUGAGUGCAUGUACAAGUUUAAUGUUGAUUUGGGAGAGAAAAAGAUAGUCGCUGGUGAUGGGCCUGUCUUUGAGUUUAAGUUAGAUUAA